UACAAGGAAAAAACUUCCACAGCGCAAAUUAGCUCGCAAUCUUUCUCAGCAGCAACACAAUGGCGACCAAUCUGGCAACCACCGUCAACCCCGUCGCGAACCACCUCUUCGCCGCCGUUGACAUGGGAACCAACUCCUUCAAGCUCCUUAUCGUCCGCACCGACCCCGCCACCGGCAAAUUCAUGGCCAUCGACCGCCUCAAGGAGCCAGUCGUUCUCGGCCGCGAAAUCCCCGCCUCCGCCACCAUCUCUGCCGCCUCCCAACUCCGUGCCAUCGAAGCCCUCUCCAAAUUCCAACAAAUCCUUCACUCGCACCGCAUUUCCCCAACCCAGACCCGCCUCGUCGCCACCUCCGCCGUCCGCGAAGCCACAAAUCAAACCGAAUUCCUUCACAAAAUUCAACAAGCGCUAGGGUUUGAAAUCGACGUAUUGUCUGGUGAAGAAGAGGCCCGACUUGCAUAUGUAGGAGUUCUUCAAUUUUACCCUGUUUUCAACAAAACAGUGUUGACGAUCGAUAUCGGAGGUGGUUCGACUGAAUUCGUGAUCGGAAAAGAAGGUAAAGUCAUAUUCGGUACUUCAUUGAAAUUAGGGCACGUAACUCUAACUGAAGAAUUUGUGAAAAGUAACGAAAUAUCAAAAUUGAGAGAGCACAUUCGAAGUAGUAUUCGAGAAUCUGGGUUGAUUGAGAGUGUUGCUGAACUUGGGUUUGAUGUGGCUAUUGGUUCAUCCGGUACGAUUCGUUGGAUUGAAAAAGCAGUUUUCCUUGGAUAUGGUCGCAAUUUGAUGGACAAUGCUGGGUUUUUCGAAGGGUAUAGGAGAGAUUGGAGUUUCAAUAAGGAAGAAUUGAGUGAGCUUGUUGAGAGGUUGUGUGACAAAGAUCAGGGAUUGGAAGGGAAGGUCAGGAGAGAUGGGUUUUUCAAAAGGCGGUCGGAGUUCAUUGUGGCGGGUGCAGUUUUGUUGGAAGAGAUAUUUGGGAUGCUUGGCAUUGAUGAAAUGGAGGUUUCUGGGUAUGCAUUAGGAGAGGGUGUGAUUGCAGAAAAUUUGGCUGAGGUUUUUGAUGGAUAUGAUUUGAAUGCGAAUGCUCGGUGGCAGUCGGUUCUUCGUGUUGCAAGGAGGUUUAAUAACAAGAAGAGGAUGAAAAAUGGUGCAGUAUGUGUCAGCAUUGCAAAGGAGAUUUUUGAAGGUGUGAGGAAAUGGAACAUGCUUGCUGAUCAUCAAAAUGAACUCCCGGUUUCCUUGGAUGAUAAGGAUCUCGAAUGUCUUGAAGCUGCUUGUUUGCUUCACAAUAUUGGGCUGUUCGGUGGCAAGAAGGGCUACCACAGGCAGUCUUCCCAUAUUAUCAUGUACGGUGGUCAUCUUCAUGGUUAUAGCACCGAGGAGGUUGAGUUAAUUGCAUUACUUGUUAGGCAUCACAGAAAGAAAUUCCCAAAAUUGCAUGGUGCUAGUCUUCAGAGAUCUGCAAAAGAGUUUCAGGUAAAGCAGAAAUUCAGAAUACUUUGUGCAAUUUUACGCAUAUCUGUUCUGUUACAGCAGUAUCAAUCUGAAAUUCAACCCAUGGAAUUUUCACAUUCUGAUGAAGGCUUCAAGCUGCUAGGGUGUUAUGACUACAUACUCCAAGAGCCUUGGCGACUUGACUGGGAGGAAAUUGAGCAGGUACUCAGUAAGAUGAAAGUUGAGCCUCUGCCAGCUGGUCUCGCACAGCCUUUAACCGAGGAUGUUGAGGAAGAACUAAGGAAAGAUUUGGAACACUUUAGACAGCGUCUUGAAUACAUUCCUCUUCAGGUAUUCCAGCAAAAGUUGUCAGUUGUAGUUCCUUUAAGCACUUCAGAAUCGUCAGAGAUGUAACAAGAUACAUAGUUACCUCCACUCUGUUAAGGUUUUCAACCCAUCGAUUAGGCCCCAUCUAAAGCUCGGGGUUUUACCACCUUGUUAAAAACAAUAGAGUGGGUAUGCGUUUUAUGUUAUUUUCAUUAUGUAAACAUCUUGAUUGUGUUGACAGUAACAAUAGUUUACCUGUAUUAUAUUUUGAUCUGAUAGAGAAAUUUUCAUUUAUUAUCAACUCUAUGCAAGGACCAACGUGUAUUUUUCUUUGUGAAUAUUUGGCUAGUUUAAGAUCUAUGACAAGGACUCUCUCUCUCUCUGGUA